AUGGGUACGAGCUUAUUUGAAUUCAUAAACCAUCGUUACCUAUCAGGUGUUAGCGAUGAACCAAAACAGCUUUUACAACCGAUUACAGGUUAUGUAUAUGAACCUCUCCUACCGCUAGAAAAAGCUUGUGAACCACUUCUGGACAUCAUCGAUCGACUCGAAGCGCAUAUCUGGAUCGCCAAACAAAACUCGAAGAAUCCUGCUGACGGUUUAACCGAAGAUGAAUCGGCGUCUAUUCGACUCUAUACGAUGGAAUGGGACACGGCUCCUGAUAAACCAUGCAGUAGUCUCUACUCUCAACUCAAUCGAACGUUGAAACAGGUUGAUCGAACGAAACUUCGACCGUGGUUUCGAUAUCUCAAACUAUUUCUCACUGCACUAGCAAAACUACCUUGUGCACCUCAUCAAACAGUGUGGCGAGGCGUUCGGAAAGAUCAGAGUGCCGACUAUCCACCUGGUACAGAAGUCACUUGGUGGGCGUUUUCGUCGUGCACAACAUCACUGAAUGUCCUCGAAUCUGAUUUGUAUCUGGGAAAUACUGGAACACGCACAUUGUUUUCGAUCGAGACGAUCAAUGGUCGAACGAUUCGUUCACAUUCACAUUUCACAACUGAAGAUGAGAUAUUGUUGUUGCCAGGUACAUAUCUAGAAGUGAAAUCUCGACUGAAUCCAGCACCUGACUUACACAUUGUUCAUUUACAACAGAAGGUACCACCUCAUAUUCUUCUUGAACCACCCUUUCCAGGUGCUCAACUUCUUCCGAUACAAGAUAAUGAUCGAGCUCUACGUAAGACAUCUCACUUGAGUGAUAGCUUUGAAAGUCCUGAUCGUCGAUGGUUUCAAAAGAAGAGAGUCCUCUUUGGUAUUGGUAUUGCAUUAGCAUUGGUGAUUCUUGCCAUUGUAUUAGGCGCCGUACUUGGCAGUCGUAAUAAAAAUCAAAGUCAAACAACUUCGGCACCAACAAUGACUACAACUGUUGCUUCAACAAUUUAUUUCAAUGGUACAAUACCUCAGCCGGUUUCGGUUGCUGAUGCGUUCUAUUCAUUUGAUGGUAAUGUAAAUGAUCUGUAUUCUCAAAGGAAUGGAGAAGUAAUUGGUGGACCUGUCACGUAUGUGCAAGGUUAUGUCGCUUACGGACAAGCAGUCGUUUUAACACAAUCAACAGCAACGCAAAUCAAUAUAAAACCUGGCUUUGAUUUAAAUACUAGUUCAAGUUUUACUAUUGAAGGAUUUUUUAUGUUAAAAAGUACGAUUAUGACUGCAACUCUCGUUCAACUAGCGCCAACUGUUCAACUAAAUCUUCUCGACGGCACAUUAGCCGCUUCGUUGGGCUCAUUAAAUAAUCUUAUGAGUAAUGUUACGCUUUCGACCGAUCAGUGGCAUCAUCUCAGUUUGGUUUUGAACGUAAUGACUCAAUCAGCUUCUAUAUCUAUUGAUGGAACAAUCGUAGCAUCGAAGUCUGCAGUACAAUUCGAUGCUUCUAACAAUAAAACUAAUUCCACUAUUAUCGUUGGUAUUGGAUAUCAAGGUUAUAUCGAUCAGUUAUCGAUUGUCUUGAACGCAAAAUCUACACAGGAAAUAGUAUGGGAUGCUACGGUUUCGGGAUAUUAUCCACUGCAUCUAAAUUGGCUACUGGACUACGGACCGAAUGGAAACAAUGCAACUGCAUCAAAUGUAACACCUAAGGUCCCCGGAUGGCGAGGUGACGCAUUGAACUUUAGCAAUCCCAGUGCUUUUUAUCAAGCCACUGGAUUCACUGCACUAGGAACAGCACAACAAUCAUUUUCCAUUAGUUUUUGGCUUCGAACGGGAUCACAACCUGGUGUGUUUCUUACGGUAGCCAACGCGUACACGUGCUUACUCGUAAUUGGUCUUCAAAAUGAUCGAAAUAAACUUGUUGUAUAUCUACCAAAUGCAACUAGUACAGGUGAAGGUAUUAAUAUUGUUGGGCCAGAAAUGCCUCCGACAUGGACAAAUGUAGCAUUCACGUGGAGUUCGAAAAGUCGAGCAAACAUCUAUACAUCGACGUUUCUCCAAGGUACGUCGGCCGAUGCCACUCAUCUUAACAAUGCGCGAGGUGGGAAUAAUAGUUCACCGAUGACUCUCACAUUGGGAAAUUAUAGCGGUCCGGCUAAUUGUGCUGGUAUCCAAGGAGUAAAUGUCUCUCAAGCAUUUAUGGGCACCCUCGAUGAAAUUUUUGUUUUCUCUCGAGAGUUACAUGACGGUGACUUGCAAGCUCUCGUUCUAACGUUACCAGUUUAG